CCAAGGAAAGCAAACUCAACACGCUUCUCUUUUAGUCUUUUUGAUUUUUUGAUUUACUCAACAACCAUCACCAUGAAGAUCUCCGUUUCUCUUAUUGUCAUGAUGAUGAUUGGCCUCGUCGCCAUGCCUUGCGCUGCCAUGGGAAAACCAGUUGCGAUCGGUGGCGAAUCAAACCACACCGACGCCUUUGGAAAAGGAGGCGUGUCAUUUGGUGGCAUCUCCGGCGCCGUUGGCGUUGUUGUUGAUCGCAGUGAUCCGAUCAUCAAACACCUUGUUGGAGAGGUGACCGUGAACGGGCGCCCUGUCGAUGAAGAGUUUCUUCAUGACAUCGCCAUGAUGCGAGGCAUUCUAGAUGUCUGUCAGACUACUGCCGAUUCGUUGGACCCUGUCUACGAGUGCGUGCUCCGUGUAUCCGGAAACCUGAUGGAAGGCAAGGACGCAAUGGAGCGACUCGUGAUUGCCUCAAAGAUGCUCGUAGCAGAGUAUGAAGUAGCCAUGCAAAACGACGAAGCCAAGACUAAAUCUACAGUGCUCCAGACUCUGCUACAGUACAAGAAGUCGAAAGUAUCGGAUGCCCUGUACGAGACCACGUCCAGCAAGCUUUGCGCUCUCAAGUGCAAUGUGAAAUUUUCCGAGCAUUUCAAAAAGCUACUUGAUUCUCGUCUAGCUCUCUACCUUGGGACAAUCCCUCUCCUUCCGUGUGAUUGGCAGCUCGUGGACCAGUUCAAGGCGACCACCAAUCGCUUGGGCGACAACCACGAGGCCACCAUGGAGCGAGUCUAUGGACUAAUUGACUCGGCAGAGAAGCAGGUACAAGAAGGCUACGAAGCGGCUAUAGAAGCUUUGGAACGCCGUGUCCAGGAGGGAAAAGCGUAUGGAGAACAGCUGAAGCAAAAGAUCAAGAUUCUCGAGCAGCUGGAGGGAUGCCUGAAAGGAGAGAGUUCUUGUUAUGUCGAUGCCGCGGACGUUUUGGAAGUGUUCGACGAUGAGCCAGGUAAAGCCGAGUCCUAUCUCCAAGCCUUCGAGGAGGCUCGUACUGAAUCGUCGGAGCAAUCCAUGGAUUAGGAGUGUCUCUACAGAGCACGAUGCCCGGCCUGUCCUGAGCCCUUUUGGAUGUCAUAUCAAGGAAGCUACUCCUCUCCUGGGCGCUGCCAGUUUGCAGACUGGAUUGAAUUACUUAUAGUUGGCUGCUUGCCAAUGUGGAUGCAGCACUCUAAUAAUGUAGUCCUCUGAACGUGUAUU